AUGUUACAAGUUAAUUGCAAUGAGAUAGAUUUGCAAAAACUAACAGAAAAUGUUUCUUUUCUGGCCGAUUGUUUUGAUAAUUCUUUUGCAUUACAAAGCUCCUUAAAUUAUGUAAAAGAAUGUGCAAAGGAAAUCAAUAUUGAAAAGAAUAAUUUAAAGAAUAGAAGCUUAUCUAAAAAACGUGAAUAUCGUAAAGAAUUUAAACACAUUUUGGAUUCUAGUGUUAGUAGUACUGAGAUUGUUUCACAAUUAAAACGAAAUAGAAAUUUAAAUAAAAAGUUAAAUAAUUGGGGCCUGCCUCGAGAAAUAGCAAACAAAUAUGAACUUAGAGGCAUUACUGAAAUGUUUGAUUGGCAAGUCGAUUGCCUUGCUAAUCCCAAAAUUCUCUCAGAUUGUCGAAACUUAUUAUACUCAGCUCCAACAUCAGCAGGAAAAACACUUGUAGCUGAAAUAUUAACCAUUAAAACUGUUUUGGAGCGUCAGAAAAAAGUUAUCAUUAUAUUACCUUUUGUAUCUAUAGUUAGGGAAAAAAUGUUUUAUUUGCAAGAUAUAUUGUCCAGUUCUGGAAUAAGAGUUGAAGGUUUCAUGGGCUCCCAGUCACCUCCAGGCGGCUUACAAGCUGUCCAUGUAGCAAUAUGCACUAUAGAAAAAGCAAAUAGCUUAAUAAAUAAACUUCUUGAGGAAGGGAACAUCUCAGAAUUGGGUGCAGUUGUUGUUGAUGAGCUACAUUUACUGGGAGAUCCGCACAGGGGCUACAUUUUAGAACUGCUUUUGACUAAAAUAAAAUAUGUUUCAUUAACACUGCAAGAUGUUAAAGUGCAAAUUGUUGGAAUGUCUGCAACAUUACCUAAUUUGGGAAUUUUGGCAAGUUGGUUAGAUGCUGAAUUAUUUAUCACAGAAUUUAGACCCAUACCUUUGAAUGAAUAUUGUUUAGUUGGAAAUAAAUAUUAUGACAAAAGUGGUCAGUAUAUUGGAUUAUUGGAAGACCCAAAAGUGUUGGGCAUUGAAGGUGAUUAUGUACUAUCUCUUUGUCUUGAAACUCUAAGAGAUGGAUGUUCCAUAUUGAUAUUUUGCAUGACCAAGAACUGGUGUGAAAAUUUAGCACAAAGUAUUGCUUCAUCAUUUUAUAAAUUAGGUUGUUCUAGUAAUGAACAAGGAAUGGUUUUGAGAGAACAGUUGAAGUCACAGAGUAUAUUAGAAACCCUAGAACAAUUAAAAAAUUGUCCGGUGGGACUUGAUCAAGUACUUAAAAAUAUAGUUUCAUUUGGUGUAGCCUAUCAUCAUGCUGGGCUAACAUUUGAUGAGAGAGAUAUAAUUGAAGGAGGGUUUAAGUCUGGAGCUAUUAGAGUAUUAGUAGCCACAUCUACUCUAAGUUCAGGUGUAAAUCUACCUGCCAGAAAGGUAAUUAUCAGAUCGCCUGUAUUCCAAAAACAACCAAUAAAUAUUUUGAGCUACAAACAAAUGAUAGGACGAGCAGGUAGAAUGGGUAAAGAUACAAGAGGUGAAAGUGUCUUAAUAUGUACACCAGGAGAGCAGAAAAUUGGAUUUGACUUAAUGAUGGGAAACUUGGAACCUGUUAAAAGCUGCAUUGAAAGCGAAGAUAAAUUUAUGAGAGCCAUUCUCGAAAUGAUUGCUAGUCAAGAUGUUUGUAAAAAGUCAGACUUGGAUUUGUAUACCAAAUGUACACUGCUAUUUAAUCAGGAGUGUAUGGAGCAUUCACAAAACUUUUUAUUAGGAAAUACAUUGAAAGAACUGGUUAAUUGUGAGUUAAUUAGAAUUCAAAAUGAUGGUGACGGUAGCAAGUAUGUAGCAACAUCACUGGGAAGAGCAUGUCUGUCAUCAUCAAUGGCACCCAAUGAUGGAUUGUCUUUAUUUUGUGAGUUGCAAAAAGCUCGUCAGUGCUUAGUAUUAGAAACUGACCUGCAUCUGAUUUAUCUUGUGACACCAUAUAGUGUCAGUAGUCAGUGGAAUAAUAUAGACUGGUUGCAUCUACUUACUCUGUGGGAAUCACUUACAGCAGCAAUGAAAAGAGUAGGGGAACUUGUUGGUGUGCAAGAAAGCUUUAUUAUUCGUUGCCUUAGGGGAACAAAGCAAUUUAAUAAUAAUUAUAACAAAUUAAACAUACAUAAAAGGUUUUAUACAGCUCUGGCUUUACAAGAUUUAGUAAACGAAGUGCCUUUAUCAGAAGUAUCUAAAAAAUUUCAAUGUGCUAGAGGUUUUUUGCAAGGGCUUCAGCAAGCAUCAUCAACAUUUGCUGGUAUGGUGACAGCUUUUUGCCAUCAACUGGGCUGGAAAAAUAUGGAAAUGCUUAUAUCGCAAUUUCAAGAUCGCCUUCAAUUCGGCAUACAUUCAGAGUUGUUGGAAUUAAUGAAAUUAUCUUCUUUAAAUGGUGUGAGAGCUCGUACUUUAUUUGAUGCAGGAUUCGAAACUAUUUCUAGUAUUGCUUCGGCUGCACCAAAUAUAAUUGAAAAUUGUCUUCACAAAUCUAUACCAUUUCAAAGUGAAAAAGAAAGAGAGGGUGAUGAUGAUACUGACGUUAGGAAACGAAAUAAAAUGAAAAAUAUUUGGAUAACGGGAUUUUGUGGUAUGACCACUAAGGAAGCAGCAGAAAAUCUUAUUUUAGAAGCUAGAAAAUAUCUCGAGCAAGAAAUUGGAGUGGCAGAAAUUAAAUGGAAGAAUAUUGAGUGUCCAGAAAAAAACACUUCUGUUACAAAUAAUUAUAUUAAUAAAAAAACAUUUAUUGAAUGUAUUGACAAUGUUAAUAUAAAAGUAUCUAAAUUAUCUGAAACAAAAAACCAAAUAGAUCAAGAUUUGGAUGAAAAUUCAGAAGCUAAGACAACUCAAGCUACAGUUAUAUCAAAAGGUGAAAUUCAGGCAGAUACUUUGCAAGUGUGUGAUAAUACUUUAAAUGAUUUUCAAGUAAAUAAGGAAGUUGAAAUUGUUGAUGGCGAAAAUGUUCAUAGUAAAAUUAAUGAAAACGACAAUAUGACAAAAGUUUCAUUAAGCCCGGAUAAACAAGAACUAGUUUGGGAUUCAUUGAAUGUUACCGAUGCUUUUUUUGAUAAUAUUUCGAAACUUCCUACUUCAGAUAAUUUCUUAUCACCAAACAUAAGCUUUGGUGUAAUGACUAAUUCCGAUUUAGCGACUAAUGUUGAAAAUAAUGCUUCUAAAAGUAUAUCGUCUAAAGACAUAAGUUUGUUUUCAUCUGAUGGCGAUAAUUCAAGCAUUUUUGAAGAAAGUUUGCCUUUUGAUUUAUUACCAAACACUAUUAUAGACAAUAAAAAAUCUGCUAGUGAUAAAAAAAAUAUAAUAUAUGAAGCUGAUACAAUCGUGGACUAUGUUGAUAUUAACUCUAAAUCAAUAUUAAAUGUAUUUAAAUCACCUCUAAUUGACGUAGAUGAUGAGGAUGAUUUUAAAUUAGUUUACGAAGAUGAGAAAAUAAGUCCAGUUCAAAAUAUUUCCGUCAUGAACAUUUCUCAAGAAAACGAAAUCGGAAAUACUCAAGAAUUUAAAGAAUCGUUUAUUGAGUCUAAUUUUAAAAGUCCACGGAAAAGACACGCGAUUUCAAAUAAGCACUGUUUACGAUCUGCAGCUAAAAAGUCGAAAAAGUCCAUUUUGCCAGAAUUCCAUUCAACACAUGAUAUGUUUCAAAUAAAAAUUGGUCCGAAAUCCAAAAAUAUCGUAUUAAAAUUUGCAAAUAAAAUUGUGAAUUGUUAUAUUUUGAACGAAAACGACAAUUGCAAUAACUUUUUUCUUAUAGAAAAGGCCAAAGAAGUUUCAAUUAUUCUCGAUAUAAAUUCGAAAGAAACUAAAUCUUUUACUAAAUUAAUUGGUAGUAAUAUAUUUGUUAAGCCCAAAGAUUCAUUUGAAAACAUUCAAAUCCAUACUGAAGAAAAUUUGCCUGUAAAAGGAAUAGCUUUAUAUUUAAAUAGUAAUAGUAAUAUAUGUCUAUAUUUUGAUAUAAUGUCUUUGAAAAGCUACCUGCCAGAGUUUAAAGAUAAAUUGAAACGGUUUUUUUCAAAUGCAAGAGGUAUUAAGUUGCGGAUGUUAUCAACUAAAGCAACUUAUUUGCAAAUCAAGAAAUGGUUAGAGGCAGUUUUAUUAACUCCGUGUAGUGAUAUCACGCUAGGUGAAUGGUUAUUGGACAGCGAUGAGAAGACGUCAAGAAUUAUGGACUUGACAAAGAAGUAUUGCAAUGUAGAUUUAUUUAAUACUGAAAUAUUUGUUAAUGAUGAGAGAAAAAGAUACAAUAACUUAGAUUCGCACGAAAAAGCGUGUCUUAACACUUGGUGUCUAUGGAACAUUUCGGAAGAGCAAAUCAAAUCCUUAGAAAAAUAUUCAUUAAUUAAUAAGACUUUAGAUACAGAGAUUCAAGUGUCCAAGAUUCUGGCGGACUGCGAGUACUAUGGAAUAACUGUGGAUAAAGAUCUUGCGUCCCGACUUUUGAUUGAUGUGAAAAGUUCACAGGAGGUCUUGCAAAAUAAAGCUUUCAAAUUAUGCGGAUAUCAUUUCAAUUUUAACUCCGCUAAAGAUGUCGCUAAGGUUUUAGGGUUAUACAAAGGACGUAAAAUAAGCACAAAGAAAAGUGUUCUUACCGCCCACAAUAGUACAAUGGCUAGCAUCGUGAUAUAUUGGAGGAAACUUAACUCUAUACUAACUAAAACCUUAUACCCUCUUACUCAGCAAGCUGUCAUAUACAGCCGUGACGACAGGAUAAGCCCGUCCUACACUAUGCACACUUGCACCGGUCGAAUUAGUAUGCACGAGCCGAACUUACAGAACGUCCCUCGAACGUUUUCUAUUCCACUCGAAUACCUCGCCGUCAAAGAUAAUAUUGAACCUUGUGGGGACGUCAUAGAGUUCAACUGCAGGAACAUUUUCAAAGCGACACCGGGUUACGUUUUUGUGUCAGCUGAUUAUUGCCAGUUGGAAAUGAGAAUUCUGACUCACUAUUCCAAAGAUGCGGUGUUGACUAGAAUUAUGUGUUCGAACGUCGAUGUUUUUAAGUCAAUUGCAGCCUCUUGGAGUGGAGUGGCUGAUGAACUGGUUGAUGACGAUUUGAGACAGAAAGCUAAACAGCUCUCUUACGGUAUACUAUACGGGAUGGGCAACAAAACUUUAGCGCAAUACCUCGACGUUAACGAGAUAGAGGCUGCGAUGUUCAUGGACACGUUUUACAAUACUUAUCCUGCUAUCAAAGUUUUUACACAAAAGGUCGUAGACGAAUGCAGGAAAAAUGGAUACAUAGAAACAUUGAUGAAAAGGAGAAGAUAUUUGCCAGACAUCACAAGUAAUAUGGCAUCUAAACGAGGCGCAGCUGAAAGGCAAGCCAUAAACACCACUAUACAAGGAUCAGCAGCGGAUGUAGCCAAGGCAGCGAUGUGCGCCAUAGACACAAAAACCAGCUCAGACAUCGACAAACCUCGUCUAAUACUCCAAAUGCACGAUGAACUUAUAUAUGAAGUUGUCGAAUCGAAGAAAGAUAAUUUUAUUGGAAUUUUAAAAAGUUUAAUGGAAGAAACGGUCCGUUUAAACGUUCCACUUCCCGUUAAAGUGAAAAUCGGUUAUACUUGGGGCGCGAUGGAAAACGUCUAGUAGUGAUAUUUAUAAAUCAUGAAAUUUC